AUGACCGCCACAUUAAUGUUGAGGUCGUGCGGCCGGGGGUUGCAAAUUACCGCAAGAACGAAUACGACCUAUGUCUACCUGACAUACCUAGAGAUACGACGCCAGAAGCGCAGAUGGGAAACGGCGGUCACUAUUCCCUUUACAUUACUCGGUCUGGCUGGGGGUGCCGCGUACUUCGGGUCGAUAGAGACUGACGCGACCAAGGUCAUCAUGGGUAUAGACCCCUUGUUCUUCUACGGCGGUUGCACAAUCGCAUGCAUGGGUUUGGGGUAUCUUAUCGGUCCCGUGGUGGGCUCAGCCUGUUGGAGGUUAACGCACCGCCGCACCAUGGGUCUCAUCGAAGAGAAGGACCGCGAAUUUCACAAACGAAUAGUAAAAAACCGCGUGGAUCCCACUGCACAAAGUGCCACAAAUCCCGUGCCAGACUACUAUGGAGAAAAGAUCGGGUCGUUGCACCAAUACCGACAGUGGUUGCGAGACCAAGCAAAGUUCAGGCGGAGAGCGCAAUUCGACGAGCAAUAG